AUGCUCGUGCCCCCUGAGAUGAUGGCGGCUCAAUCCAAACUGGUCUACCAGAUGAACAAGUACUACAACGAGCGCGUCGCCAACCGUAAGGCGCAGAUCGCCAAGACUAUCAACGAAGUAUGCAGGAUAGUUCAGGAUGUACUCAAGGAGGUGGAGCUGCAGGAGCCCCGGUUUAUUUCCUCCUUGACGGAUUAUAACGGGCGGUUCGAUGGGUUGGAGGUGGUUUCUCCUCACGAGUUUGAGAUCAUCAUUUACCUAAACCAGAUGGGGGUCCUCAACUUCGUGGACGACGGCUCCCUGCCAGGCUGCGCCGUGCUUAAACUUAGCGACGGAAGGAAACGUUCCAUGUCCCUCUGGGUGGAGUUCAUCACAGCCUCUGGAUAUUUGUCCGCCAGAAAAAUACGUUCAAGAUUCCAAACGCUGGUCGCGCAGGCCUGCGACAAGUGUUCCUAUCGUGACUGUGUUAAAAUGAUCGCCGAGACGACGGAGGUGAAGUUGAGGAUCCGCGAACGAUACAUAGUGCAAAUAACGCCGGCUUUCAAAUGUGCCGGCUUGUGGCCUCGCUCUGCGGCGCACUGGCCCCUACCGACCAUACCUUGGCCGCAUCCUAACAUCGUGGCCGAGGUCAAAACUGAAGGUUUUGAUUUACUUUCUAAAGAGUGUUUGACUUUGCAAGGAAAGAAUUCCGCUAUGGAAGGCGACGCGUGGGUGUUGAGCUUCUUUGAAGCUGAAAACCGACUCCUACAAGGCGGUUGUAGAAAGAAAUGCUUGAGUAUUCUGAAAACUAUAAGGGACAGGCAUCUUGAUCUGCCCGGGAACCCGGUGACAUGUUAUCACAUGAAAACAUUACUUUUAUACGAAUGUGAGAAACACCCACGAGAACAUGAAUGGGACGAAGGCGCUAUAGGGGACAGAAUAAACGGAAUAUUCCUCCAGUUGAUAUCCUCACUCCAGUGCCGCCGAUGUCCGCACUACUUCCUUCCCCACGUGGACUUGUUCAAAGGCAAGUCUCCAACAGCAAUGGAAAACGCCGCGAAGCAGGUCUGGCGGCUGACGAGAGAGAUGCUCACAAAUUCGAGGGCCUUCGAGAAGCUUUGA